GCUAUAAAGUUGUGUGUUGUGUUCAAUUGUGUAGUAGCUUCCGGCGGAGGUUGAGACGGCAACGACGACGAACCGGCGGUGCCUAGCAGCCAGAGGGAACACCGGAGUUUGCAAGCCUGAACGUGCUAACAGAUUCCACUGUGACUAAAGUGGAGAAAAGAAGAAAUCUUAUUUAGUUUCCCAAUUAGUUGGUCUGUUUGCCCAUUCUUUCUGGCUCUCUACCGGAGACAGCGAACAGCCACUCGCUGGGUGCAACGGGCGGGUGGAACAGCCAUGUCAGUGGCGGUUCUUCUUGUUCAAAGGGUAUAAAAUUCAACGAGUUAGUUCUCGCUUCCAAUUCCUCUCAACCGGAUACAAUCCCCCCAUGCACACUGCCCAUUCAACUGCUUGCCUCUCCAAGCUUGUAACAUCCUAUGAUUCCAUCGCUAUGAGAAGUCUUAUGGUAUUUCAAGGCAUGGAAGGGUGUUUGGCCUUUCUCAAUAGAAGAAUGAGGUGUAGUAGUUUUCUCUCUUUAAAAUUUUCGAAAAUAUGUUAUCGACAAAAGCAUAAGUUGGCACAGGGGAAGUCUCCACAGAUAGACCAACAUGGUAUAAAAAGCAGUUCAAAGUUUCAUAAUAAGGUAUUCGCUAUAAUGGAUUAUAACCUUCCAAAUCUAACUGGCAAUGGAAGUGGGAUAAAAAAAUCUGAAAUGAACAAAAAUGAUGCUUUAGAUGAUAUUGACAUCUCCUUGAUAUGUAAGAGAUUUCCAUCAAUUACUUUGGGUAGUGCUUCUCCAGUGGAUCUGUAUGAUGGGACCACAUUAUACUCUGAAAAGGCAGGCAUUAUAUCGCCAGAAGAUCUCGAAGAAUAUUUUGCUGAUUCUUCGGAGGGAAGGUGGGUGCAAAGUACUGUCCCUGAGGCAUGGCCUUCUUUGUACUUUAAUGAUUCUAGUGUAUCAGCAUCUGAGUUAAGUAAAGAAGAUUCUCAUACAUGUCAUUCAAUGUCACCAACAUAUGAAGAAAAAUUGGAUCAUCAAGUCAUGGAGGAAGAUUCUCAAAAUAAAGUGGGGCAGCAGUCACAAUCUAAUCUUACACCUAGAGAGUUAUUUCUUGACAAAUCCUUAAACUACUUACCUGGAUUGAGUAAGAGGCAUUAUCGACAGCUAGAUGACUGUGGGUUCCACACGUUACGGAAAUUGCUGCAACAUUUCCCUCGAUCAUAUGCUAAUCUGCAAAAUGCACAUGCCAAAAUUGAUGACGGGCAGUAUUUAAUUUUUGUUGGAAAAGUUUUAUCUUCAAGGGGAGUCAGAGCUAAUUGUUCAUUUUCAUUUCUUGAGGUGAUUGUGGGUUGUCAGGUUGCAGAGAAUGAAUCAGUUUCAGAGCAUGUGACUGGCAAUGCUAUUGGUGGGCAAGAGAAGACAAUUUACUUGCAUCUAAAGAAAUUUUUUCGUGGCACACGUUUUACUUUUAAACCUUUUCUUAAAAGUCUUGAAGAAAAGUAUCAAGUGGGAGAUAUAGCAUGUGUUAGUGGCAAGGUCAGGACUAUGCGUGCUAAAGAUCAUUAUGAGAUGAGAGAGUACAAUAUUGAUGUUCUUGGUGAUGGAAAUGAUUUCUCCUUUUGUGUUAAAGAGAGACCAUAUCCUAUUUACCCUUCAAAGGGUCGUCUGAAACCAACUCUUCUCAGGGACAUUAUUGCAAGAGCUUUACAAGCCUUACCUAGCAAUAUUGAUCCAAUUCCUGAAGACAUAACAAAGCAAUUUGGACUGUUAAGUCUUCAUGAUGCAUAUUUUGCAAUCCAUAAACCGAAAGAUAUAAAUGAAGCUGAUUUGGCCCGCAAGAGACUUAUAUUUGAUGAAUUUUUUUACCUGCAGUUAGGACGCUUGUUCCAAAUGCUGGAAGGUCUUGGUACACAAAUAGAGAAGGAUGGUUUGCUAGAUAAAUAUAGAAGACCAGAAAGUAAUGCUGUGUGUACAGAGGAAUGGUCUGAUCUCACGAAGAAAUUUUUGGAAGCCCUUCCUUAUUCUCUUACAUCUAGUCAAUUACAUGCUAUUUCAGAAAUUAUUUGGGAUCUAAAAAGGCCAGUUCCCAUGAAUCGGCUACUGCAGGGUGAUGUUGGAUGCGGGAAAACUGUGGUAGCUUUUCUAGCAUGUAUGGAGGUUAUUGGUUCUGGAUUUCAGGCUGCUUUCAUGGUUCCAACUGAGUUGCUUGCAAUCCAGCAUUAUGAACACAUGCUUACUUUGUUAGAAAACAUUCAUGAGGGGAACUGCAAACCAACCGUUGCUUUACUCACUGGUUCAACCCCACUGAAACAAUCACGGAUGAUUCGCAAGGGUAUCCAGGAUGGGGAAAUCUCAAUGGUCAUAGGAACCCACAGUUUAAUAGCAGAAAAAGUGGAAUUUUCAGCCUUACGUAUUGCUGUGGUGGAUGAGCAGCAUCGCUUUGGUGUGAUUCAAAGAGGAAGGUUUAAUAGUAAGUUAUAUGUAUCUUCAAUUUCGAGCGUGGAAGAAGCUGUUACAGAUGGGUCCUCAAAGAGUGAUGUUUAUAUGGCUCCUCAUGUUCUUGCCAUGUCUGCUACUCCUAUCCCAAGGACGCUUGCACUUGCUUUAUAUGGUGAUAUGUCUCUGACACAGAUAACCGACUUACCGCCAGGACGAAUUCCUGUUGAAACACAUACCAUUGAAGGAAAUGAGAAGGGAUUUGAAGAUGUGUACAAGAUGAUGCUUGACGAGUUGGAAGAUGGAGGGAAAGUUUAUCUUGUGUAUCCAAUUAUUGAACUUUCUGAGCAACUUCCUCAGCUUCGUGCUGCUUCUGCUGAUCUUGAAGUUAUAUCAAGUCAAUUUCAAGGAUAUAAUUGUGGUUUAUUACAUGGAAAAAUGAAAAGUGAUGAAAAGGAAGAAACACUACAAAAGUUUAGAACUGGAGAACUGCAGAUACUUCUUGCAACUCAAGUUAUUGAGAUUGGUGUUGAUGUUCCAGAUGCAUCCAUGAUGGUUGUGAUGAAUUCUGAGAGGUUUGGAAUAGCUCAAUUACACCAACUCAGAGGACGAGUUGGACGUGGUACGAGACGAUCAAAAUGUAUACUAGUAGCAUCAGCUGCUAGUAGCCUAAAUCGCUUGAAAGUAUUGGAGCAGUCAUCGGAUGGCUUUUAUCUUGCCAAUAUGGAUCUUAUACUACGCGGACCUGGCGACUUGCUUGGCAAGAAACAAUCUGGACAUCUUCCAGAGUUUCCUAUUGCUAGAUUGGAAGCUGAUGGAAAUAUUUUGCAAGAUGCACACCUUGCAGCACUGAAAAUUUUAAGUGCUUCCCAUGAUUUGGAACAAUUUCCUGCACUCAAACUGGAGCUUAGCAUGAGGCAACCACUUUGCCUGCUUGGUGAUUAAGUGUUGUUUUCAGAUGUGAAUGUUUUUUGUGAUAAUGUAAUUAAUGUAUUUAGUUUUUGUUUUCUUUUACUUUUAAGUUUUUUUCUCUUCUUUUGGUGGUUGGGUGGUGAGGUAAAAACUGCUCAUCCUGAAGGCCGAACUUUGCAUAUUGAAACUGUUAACAUCCCUUUUUUCAUAGAAUAUGUUGUGUACCA